AUGCAGAGCGCCGGUAUGCAUCGCGCUACGGCAGAGCCAAUCGCCAUUGUCGGCCUGAGCUGCAAGUUUGCCGGCGAGGCCAGCACGCCGGACCGGCUCUGGGAGAUGCUGGCGGCAGGCAGAAGCGCCUGGAGCGAAAUCCCUCCUUCUCGGUUCAACCUGAAGGGGGCGUACCACCCUAGUGCCGAUAGAACUAAUACGGUAUGUUUCAAUUCGCUGUGCAGGGGGAACCCUACUGAAGAGAAGAAGGUCCACGUCCGUGGCGGACACUUCCUUGAACAGGACCUUGGUCUUUUUGAUGCCCAGUUUUUCAGCUUCUCGGCCGAAACGGCCGCGUCGAUGGAUCCUCAAAUCCGUCUUCAAUUAGAGUCUGUCUAUGAAGCGUUAGAAAACGCUGGAAUCACAUUGCCGGACGUUGCGGGAAGCAAUACUGCAGUAUAUGCCGCUGUGUUUUCGAGAGACUACCGCGAUGGUAUCAUCCGCGACGAGGAUAGGCUGCCUCGCUUCCUACCUACCGGUACCGGAGACGCCAUGUUCUCCAAUCGAGUGUCGCACUUCUUUGACUUGCGAGGGCCCAGUAUCACUCUGGACACUGGCUGUUCUGGAGGCCUGGUUGCACUUCACGAGGGAGUUAAGAGCCUGCGGACCGGAGAGUCCGACAUGGCGCUGAUCUCUGGCGAGGGCCUGACUGACGAAGGAAGGUUCUUUUCACCUGACGGUAAGUCGUAUGCGUUCGACUCGCGGGCCAACGGAUAUGGCCGAGGAGAAGGCAUUGCAACAAUAGUUAUCAAGCGUCUGUCAGACGCGAUCAUCGCCGGGGACCCCAUCAGAGCCAUCGUGCGUGAAUCAGGGUUGAACCAAGACGGCAAGACCGAAACAAUCACCACGCCUAGCGAGGAGGCGCAGGUUGCCUUGAUGCGAGACUGCUACCGUCGCGCGGGGCUGGAUUAUGCGGACACUCAGUAUCUUGAGGCCCAUGGGACAGGGACGUCGACGGGUGACCCGAUCGAAUGCCGUGCGAUUGCUACCGUGUUCAAGGACAGUCGGUCAUCUGAACAACCGCUGCGCAUUGGUUCUGUGAAGACGAAUGUUGGCCACACAGAGGCGGCCAGCGGGCUCGCGAGUCUCAUAAAAGUGGUUAUGGCGCUCGAGAAAGGCAAGAUCCCUCCCAGUAUCAACUUUGAGAAGCCGAAUCCGAAGAUUGCGCUGGAUGAAUGGAAUCUACGCGUGGUGACUACGUUGGAGGAUUGGCCUGCAGGGCCUGGAGGUGUCCGCCGCGCGUCCAUCAACAAUUUUGGAUUCGGCGGUACGAAUGCACAUCUUAUCGUCGAGAGUCAAGCGGCUCAGCCGUUGCCCUGGCAAGCAGAUGGAUAUGGCGCAUCAGCUACUAACCUCGACUCUCAGAUCUUCGUCUUCAGUGCGCGCGAUAAGCAGGCCUGUGUUAAUAUGGUUAACAACCUGAAGAAAUAUCUCAGACAAAAUGCCGCGACGGAUAGCCCCGAUUUUCUUCUCCAGAGAGUUGCAUACACGCUGGGCCAGCGCCGUACCCGGUUCCCGUGGGUAACCGCUCGUCCUGUGCCUGUUCAAAAUGGCUUUCGCGAAGCUAUUCAAGCCCUCGAGGUCAACAUGCCAGUUCCGCGCCGUACCACCGGGAUCCCACGCAUUGGGAUGGUUUUUACCGGCCAGGGAGCCCAGUGGUAUGCAAUGGGCCGUGAACUGAUUGCGGCCUAUCCGGUCUUUAAAGCCUCACUCAAGGAAACCGAUCGGCAUCUCGCAGCAUUAGGAGCGAGGUGGUCUGUUAUAGAGGAGCUGAAUCAGGACAUACCGGCGUCGCGCGUUCACGACGUCGAAUAUAGUACUCCAUUAUGUGUGGCCGUGCAGAUUUCCCUAGUCCGACUUCUGCGAUCAUGGGGCGUCAAGCCGGUGGCUGUCACUAGCCAUUCCAGUGGAGAGAUAGCUGCUGCGUACGCAGUUGGCGCCCUCGGCUGUCAAGACGCUAUGGCUGUCGCCUAUCACCGUGCUUUGCUCGCAACAAGAAGUAGCCUAGGCUCGAAACAGGGAGCUAUGCUUGUGGUAGGCAUGAGCCUUGAAGAAACAGAAACUUAUCUUGCACGAAUCGACGCUCAGAUAGGUAUUGCCACAGUGGCUUGCGUGAACAGCCCUUCAAGUAUCACCGUCUCAGGCGAUCAAGACGCUGUAAAUGCCCUCGAAGCGCUGGCAAGAAACGACGGCAUCUUCACCCAUCGUCUGAAGAUACAUACUGCUUUCCACUCCCAUCACAUGAAUCCGAUUGCAGAUCUGUAUCGCAGCGCUUUACAAGGAGCUCUAUCACCAAAUCACGAUAAAGUCGAGAGUGACAUCACAUUCUCUUCUCCUGUCACUGGACGCCGUAUCACCAACCUCUCGCAGCUGUCUGAGCCCGACCACUGGGUUGACAGCUUGCUCAAACCGGUCCAGUUUGUUGAUGCAUUCACCGACAUGGUUCUUGGCGCUUCUGGUGCAUCUAGCGCCAAUGUCGACUUGAUUCUCGAAGUUGGUCCUCAUACUGCUUUGGGCGCGCCCAUUAAGCAGAUCCUUGCAGAACCAAAAUUUGCCGGGUUAGAUAUCUCUUGUCUAGGCUCUCUGGUCCGAGAGGUCAGUGCAGUCAGGAGCAUGCACUCGCUGGCUGCUAGCCUAGUUGCAGAAGGGCUUCCUCUGGAUCUGGACGCAGUUAAUUUCCCUCAUGGACGGCCCCCCAGCGUACGAGCUCUUUCAGACCUUCCCUCAUAUCCCUGGAAUCAUCAAACGCGCCACUGGUACGAAUCAAGGUUCAACAAGGGCCUCCGCGAACGGGCACAGCCACCACAUGACCUUCUAGGCAGCCUUGUAUUGGGAACCGAUCCGAACAGUCCUACCUGGCGCCACAUCCUGAAGCUCAAGGACGCCCCUUGGCUUCGCGAACAUGUUGUCCAAGAAGACAUUUUAUUCCCCGGAGCAGGCUUUAUAUGUUUGGCGAUUGAAGCAAUCAAAAUGCUGCCAGAACUUCAAUCUAAAGCUCCGCAGGCUGCUGCUGGUUACCGGUUGCGCGAUGUCGAUUUGCUGCAAGGUCUAGUUAUACCAGACAAUGACGACGGCGUUGAGAUCCAAACCAGCCUAUCCGAGGUCAGCGACAAAGAGAUGGGCAAUAGAGGCUGGAAACGCUUUGAGGUCUCUUCGGUCUCUGCUGACAACCAAUGGUCAACUCACGCACGCGGCCUCAUUACAAUGGAGCCGGAGGAUGCUCCUGAUAAAACCAUUACCAAGUCUCGUCCCGCUGAUCUUUCUGGCUACACUCGACGUUUCGGCCCCAGCGAUUUAUAUGACAUGAUGAGAGAGAGGGGUAUCUAUCACGGGCCCGCAUUUCAGAUUAUCACCGAUAUCGAGCAGGCUGGAAACAAUCAGCGGGCUGACAGCUCGCUAUUCAUUCCUGACACUGCAAUUCCAGCCGAUUCUCCAUAUCAGACUCUGAUUCACCCCAUUACGCUGGAUGCCGCCUUCCAGACUGUAUACGCGCCACUCCUAGGGGGCAAAGAGUGGGAUGAUGCAAUAGUACCUCGCACCCUGGGUAGUCUUUGGAUAUCGAACUCGAUCAGCCAGGCGGCUGGCCACCGUUUCAAAGCUUUUGCGAUUCUCCACCAUUCGGAUGCAAGGACGAUGCGCUCUGAUAUUUACAUGGCAGACAACAAUAGUGAUGCAUCUCCUGUACUUAUGGUCCGGAACGCUGUGUUCCAGUCGGUUGGCCGAAGUGCAGCACCUCAGCAGGUUAAAGCUCAGUGGGAAAGCGAGCCCUGCACCAACGUAGUCUGGGGUCCUGACAUGUCUCUACUGUCCACCCCCAUGCGCGCACAGCUCAAGCAGCAACUAUCCCACCCUCCUGAGGCUGAAGAAGCUCGGCUUCUAGCGGACCUCCGCCGGGCGUGUCUCUACUUUAUAUAUGAUGCUCUUUCUUCCCUAAGGCCCUUUGAGCUGCGGAAGCUACCAAGCCACCACGCCAAAUAUCACAGCUGGAUGCAGGUACAGGUCUCACUCGCCGCUGAAUGUCGGCUUGCAGAAGACAGUGCACGCUGGUCAAGUGACACGCAAGAACAGCGCCAGUCUUUGAUUGAGCGUGUUGGACGUUCUAGCGUCAACGGAGAGAUGGUUUGUAAGUUGGGACCUCAUUUGGCCGCCAUCAUCCGCCAGGAGAAGAUGCCACUAGAACUAAUGAUGGAGAACAACAUGUUGAAUCACUACUAUCAAAAUGCCCUCAAAUGUGACCGCAUUCUUUCACAGGCCGCUCACAUUUUGCAGAACCUAAUCCACAAGAAUCCUCGCGCACGAAUCCUGGAGAUAGGUGCAGGCACUGGCAGCUUCACACGAUAUGCCCUGCCGAAGAUCGGUACGGCAGCUACUGGAGGACCGCUUGCGGAGCUAUAUCACUUUACCGAUAUCUCACCGGCUUUCUUUGAGGCAGCGCGGGAAGAAUUUGCAGCCUGGGAUGAUAUAAUGGUCUUUGAAAAGCUAGAUAUUGAGCAAGACCCUGCGAGCCAAGGUUAUGAUAUGGAAAGCUAUGAUAUCGUAGUCGCGGUACAAGUACUGCAUGCGACAACCUCAAUGUCCAAAACCAUGUCUCAUGUUCGCAAGUUGAUGAAACCCGGGGGCCACCUGCUUCUUGUCGAGACUACUCAUGAUCAGCUGGAUACAGAAUUCGCCUUUGGGCUACUUCCUGGUUGGUGGCUUAGUGAAGAGCCUCAGCGUGCUCUCAGCCCUUCCAUGAGCGUACCCCUUUGGGAUGAAACUCUUAAGGCUGCUGCUCUUUCUGGCGUCGACUUUGAGGUCCGCGACUGUGAAAGCGACGAGUGGUAUAUGAUGAGUGUCAUCACAUCGACCGCCGUACCUGCCCAUCAAUUAACCCUAAACCCAGACUCCAUUGUGUUUGUUGAACGGAAGGACGCACCUUGCAGGCAGCGCUGGCUUGAAAUUCUCCGCUCCAAUUUCGCAGCCGCCGGACAGUCUCCGCCAGUUGUUGAGUUUGAGACUGCGACUGCUGAAUCCUAUAAGGGAAAGUGGACGGUUUUCCUAGGUGAGGUCGACAAGCCACUCCUGUAUGACCUGGACGCCACGGGCCUGAAGAAUAUCCAGACCAUGAUUAAACACAGUCGUAGUUUGCUUUGGGUGACUCGCGGCGGCGCAGUGAAGUGCGAACGCCCUGAACUAUCGCUGGCCACUGGGUUUCUUCGAAGCAUAAGGCACGAGUACGCAGGCCGCAGAUUCGUCACCUUUGAUCUGGACCCUCACGAGUCACUGUGGUCUGAUACCAGUACGGCCGACAUUGCAAAGGUCAUGACUACAAGCUUCGGUUCUGCAGCUGACAAUGCGCAGACUCCGCCACCAUAUGACUUUGAGUAUGCUGUGCGCGAGGGCGUCAUUCUGGUGCCGCGGUUGUUCCGCGACAGUGCCCGUAACCAGGCCAUCAAUCCUGCAUCUGUGUGCUGGGCUUCACCUGAGGCUCUGCCGACGGAGUCGUUCUUUCAGUCCAACCGCACCCUUGCAUUGAAGGUCGGGGUUCCAGGCCUCCUAGAUACAAUUGCAUUUGAUGAUGACCCUGCAGCACUUGCUGAUUGCACGCAACUCCCACCUGACCUUGUCGAAAUCAAGCCUCGGGCGUACGGCGUCAACUUCCGGGAUGUGCUUGUUGCUAUGGGGCAACUUGAGGAGCGCGUCAUGGGGGUGGACUGUGCAGGCGUCAUCACUCGCGUGGGAUGCCAGGCAGCAGCCCACGGGUAUGCACCCGGCGACAACGUCUUUGCACUUGUCCGCAGUGGCUAUAGCAGCCGUCCGCGGGUUGAAUGGACCAAUGCUAUGCAUAUUCCACAAGGGUUGAGCUUCGAGCAGGCAGCUUCUGUGCCCGCAAUCUUUACUACUGUAUACCUUUGCUUCUACAAAAUCGCUCGCCUCCAACGCGGUCAAACGGUUCUAAUUCACGCUGGUGCUGGUGGCGUUGGGCAGACAGCCAUCCAGUUUGCUCGGCACAUAGGAGCAGAGGUCUAUACUACUGUUGGAUCGGCCGAGAAGCGGGAGUUACUGAUACAGCGUUAUGGUAUUCCCGCUGACCAUAUCUUCUCCAGCCGUGACGCCUCAUUUGCAGACGGCAUUCUUGAAGCCACCAACGGGCGUGGCGUCGACGUUGUGCUAAACUCACUCGCUGGUCCACUGCUUCAGGCCAGUCUGAACAUUCUGGCUCCCUUCGGUCACUUUGUCGAAGUUGGUAAGCGUGAUAUCGAGCAGAACAGCCACCUUGAGAUGCGCCCAUUCUCUCGCCAUAUCACAUUUUCCUCGUUUGAUCUGCUGGCGCUUUCCCAGCAUGACAAGCGAUCUAUCCACUCAUCCCUUAUUGAGAUCCGACGACUCUUGGAAGAGGGCGCUAUCUCUCCUGUUUAUCCUGUUUCCACCUAUCCCUUGGGCGAUAUAGGAAAGGUGUUCCGGCUGCUCCAGGUCGGCAAGCACAGCGGCAAAGUUGUCCUUUCCAUCAGCCCUGACGAACAGGUCCGCGUCGUUCCGCAGGCACGAACUGCUAAACUCCGCUCCGACGCAUCCUAUCUACUUGUCGGCGGAGCUGGCGGCAUAGGGCGUUCCAUGGCCCACUGGCUUGCUGCUCAUGGUGCCAAAAAUAUCAUUGUUCUUUCUCGGAGCGCUGGUACCAGCCCUGCAGUUGCAGAACUCGUGGCUGAACUACAGCCGCUAGGUUGUCACGUCAAACCCAUAUCUUGCGACGCCUCUGUUAAGGCAGACCUAGCAGCGGCCCUCAGUAGCUGCUCCGCCGAACUCCCUCCGAUUCGAGGCGUGAUACAAGCGGCAAUGGUCUUGCAAGACUCUGUUCUUGAGAGAAUGACAUUCGAAGACUGGCAGACCUCAUUGAAUCCCAAGGUCAGAGCGAGCUGGAAUGUGCACACUCAACUUCGCGACGCGGAUCUUGACUUUUUCGUCUUCCUCUCUUCUAUGUCUGGUAUUUAUGGUUAUACAACGCAAUCAAACUACUCGGCCGGUAAUACUUACGAAGAUGCUCUCGCCCAUUGGCGUGUCUCCCAGGGUCUCCCUGCCGUGUCCAUGGAUCUGGGUCCCGUGAAAUCGGUCGGAUACGUCGCUGGUGUCGCUGGCGUUGCUGACCGAAUGACAAAACUGGGUCAUUUUCCUGUCACCGAGGAGCAGGUUCUGCGCGUCCUGGAGACUGCUGUUCUCUCGCCAUUCGAUAAGCAAGUCGCCAUGGGCAUUAAUCAAGGCCCGGGCUCCCAUUGGCACCCGGUCGGCCCAUCCCCGCUGGGCAGAGAUGCCAGAUUCCGGUCUCUCCAGUACCAGAAGAGCACUCAGCGUCAAGCUACAAACGGAUACAGCAAUGCCAGCACCUCGCUUGCUAGUCGGUUAUCCGAUGCAAAGACACGGCAGCAGGCAGAGAAACUAGUUGUUGAGGCUAUUGCCAGUAAGCUAGCAGAUAUCUUCAUGAUCCCUGUGGCGCAUGUAGACGCUGCAAAACAUCUUUCCGAGUAUGGUUUGGAUUCACUGAGUGCGGUGGAACUGCGCAAUAUGUUAGCCCUACAGGCUGCGGCAGACGUGUCCAUCUUUAGUAUUAUGCAAAGCGAGUCUCUCGCUGCUCUUGCCUCUGAGGUUACGCGCAAGAGUACGCAUGUACCUGCAUCACUAUCGGUAAUGUGA